GGUCACUAAGAGACGCUGGCGUUGGGAUUAAGCGCGCAAGACAACAUUCGCCCAAAAGUCAAUUUUUCUCGAACUUGUCGCAUUUUAAUUUUGAAUAAGCAGCCAAAACCAAAGGGCUUGUAUGAAUUCUAUAUGAUGGGCACGAGAAAAAUUGGAAGCCACCUCAAUUUCGUGCACAACGAUGAAAUUUGGAAAGAUCAUGUUCGUCACGAGCUACAAUCACUACGGAAGUGGCCAGAGCAAUGGGGGCUGAUGACCCGCGAGUACACCCGUCUAAACCGGCGGCUGAUCGGCGACCGAGUCACACCUGAGGCCGGUGACUCGGUCUACUCGACUCGCUGCCCGUCCGUGGACGAACGCGAUCCUGGCCGGUCCCCGUGUUCUUCUUCGUCGCGGAGAUCCACUCCUUGGUUCUCGUCCACCCGCCUGCCGUCCAUCCUGGGCGGCCGGUCUACCAGCACGCCGCUCGCGGUGCGACCGUCCGGGGCCGGGGGCGCGUCUGGAACACCACGUCUCCCGGCCAUCUCCACCGGGGCGACCAGCGCGGAGCUCCCUGCAGCGUCCACCGGGCCCUUCCCGCUGACCACCGCGGGCGAGAUCGGCUGGCAGUCCCAUCGACCUGGGGGUAACAAACUCGAGAUAUACGGGCGGUACGCGCCCAAUGCACGGGGCCAACACGGGAUACUCAAACUGCUCAACUGGCCUCAGCAAAGCAUCAUGUAAAAUUGACGAGAUUUAGACCUCAGGACUUAAUGAGUUUCAGAAGUUUAUUUUAAACCAGUCAAUGCACCUUGCCCCUAUGUUUACUGAAGCUUAGAUCUCAUCAACAUAAUAGACAUGUAUUUCAGCAUUAUAUUAUUAAACUACAUGUAGUUGUGGAUAUAAUAAUUACACAAAUCGUCAACAGUGGCAGACAAUAUUUAAUACAAUUUUUUUACAAUUCAAAUAUCAUGUUUUACACAAGAGGCCAAAAAAGUAAAGUUUGAUAUCCGUAGCACCAAGCUUUUUGUUGCCAACACCAAUAUUUGGUUUACACAUGUGCAUUUCUAAAAGAUCAGAGAAAACUUAAGACAACCUUUUAGGAAUAUAUACAUGGUGUAUUGACAAGAUAUACACACGUAGUGGGUUUAGCUUUUGCAUUUAAGCUUUCUUAUAGCUAACCUGUCUUUUUUAAUUUCUGUGCAAAAUUGAAAACAAUGUUCCCAUCACAUGUACUUAUUUCACUUAAUUACAUAAUAGAAACUUAAUGUCCGUUACAAUUAAAAUAAGUUAGCAAAGCUAGCACACGGGUGAGCUAGGGCUAUUCACACUUGAGUAGUGCUAUGUAGAUUUGAAUUAUAGGGAAUGUACAACAUUUGCUUUUGCUGAAAUUUUCAGAAAUAAAUGGAUUUAAAGGAUUAG